AAUAUAUCAAGAUCCGUAAGCACAAGUAGUUUCAAAGCAUCUUUUGUACUCUAUCUAUUACAACUACGAUCUUAUCUAUCAUUCAACCAUGGAAAAAUACACUGAUAGUGGAACUAGCGCUCAAGCUUUGACCCUUAGAGCUGUCGGUUUCACAAAUGCGCAAAUCCAACAGGUUACCGGCAUCCCUCCAGACUUUGAACAAUAUUCUCGACCGUGCGGUCAAGGCCGGAUACGAGCCUGUGACUUCUGACGGUGUUAUGGGCAAAUUAAUAGCUCCCACGUUACCAACGUACCAAAGUCUGGUCGCCCUCGCAAGCAAGAAGCUAUUCAGGAAGAGGUCCUUGCUAAGAGGGGCGAGUCUCCGCCAUGACGGUAUGGCGGAUUCUGCGGAAGGCUAGUAUGAAGAAGACGAAGCCUACUCGAAAGCCUGGGCUAACGAAAUGCGGGUAGCGAGAUUGAAGUGGUGUCUUGAUCAUGAAGAUUGGACCCUUA